AAAAGUUUCUGUCAGGUGCCGGGUUGUUUCAGUCCGGUACCCAUAGUUUUAUAUAUGGACUCUGUCAGAUCCGCAAGUGUCUGACUUUUCUUUUUUACACCUAUAUUCUAAUCAAUUAACCCUUUGAUCGUGGGUUAUAAUGAGAAAAACAACUACAACUGCAUAAUUUCUUGCCUGCCGCGGCUUGCAACCGAUAGGAAGCUUUUGGAUUGGAUGCCAUCAUCAUCAAAAGUGGGAAUUACAGCCUUUUGUAUUUGAGUGAAAUUGCAAAUCGACGAGCUUGUUUGGAUGUCCACCAACUGUUUGUUGAAUUUCCCCACAAAAGCAUCUAAUCCUAGUUAAGAGUUGGUAGACGGCAUCUGGGAUCGUAGUCUCGUUCCUCCGGCGGAGAUGGAUAGCGGUAGAGUAUCUGGUGAAAGGGUCGUCCCAGAAUCUGGUUCUGGAUUAGCUUCGAGGUCAGGUUUCCCUUAUAUUCCAGAAUCGGUUGUGAUUGAAUUGCUCAUCCGUUUGCCAAUGAAGUGUGUCUUUAGAUGCAAGUGCGUCUGCAAACAAUGGCGCUCCGUGAUUGACGCUCCUUCCUUUGGACUUGCUUUUGUUUCAAGAAUUGCAUCACCAUCUGCACAACCAAAACUCUGGACUCUUCUCUAUAAAUGUAUACAUGCGGAAGAAAUUCAUCAUGAGCACGGGUUUUUCAGGAAUUUGUUUUCAAAUGAUGUUGGUUUAGCCUGUCUUACUAAGUCUGAUCUUCCUGCUUCCGCACAGGCACAUGGAACUGAGGCAUACGGAAUACUUGAUUACAUUAUUGCCAUGGACGGUAAUGGGCUAUUGUUAUGUGGCUCAAAUUGCGGGUGGCAUUUAGGUCGCUAUUAUAUUCUAAAUCCCAUCACUAAGCAGUAUGUUGAAAUUCCGCCAUCACAGCGUCCCUUUCCCUAUUGCUGUGUAGGGUUCAUCAGCCAGGUGAAAGAUAGUGUUGUCGCUAGUUACAAAGUAAUAGACUUGAAGAUGGUAGGGGAAAAACCAGCAUCCUCAAGCUUGAUAUAUUCUCUUCUGAAACUGGUGAAUGGAGGGAUAUUGAUAUUCCUCUUCAGCAAGUACUUCAACUUUUGCCUCUCAGGAAGAUGCCUGUUGUUUUAAAAGAAAUAUUGCAUUUUAUGGAUAGGGAGCUUGGGAUUUUAGCUUACGAUCCAUAUAAAGGUCCUCAUUCUUGUCGGAUUAUAGAACUUCCGGGGGAUAUAGACAGAGAAUGGAGCAAACGGGUUGAUGAAAAAACUAUACUGUUUGAUGUUCAUCGUGGCCAUUUGAGAUUUUUUGCAGCAUCUAAUGCUUAUAAUGAUGGAUUGAGGAUAAGUAUGUGGACACUCAGUGACUAUGACGAAGGGCAUUGGUUAUUGGAGCACCGUAUCAGCCUAAGUGAACUUGCAUGUGAUAUUUCAUUUCCUGAUUCGCCAUAUUUGGUGCCAAUUACUUUCCACCCAUUUGAUUCUGAUACUGUGUAUCUCGGCUGCAUAGUGGGCAAAUUUGCCCUUUAUCUAGUUGUCACACAUGUAUCACUGUUGUUGCUUCAAUCUCCCUUGUCCAAACAGAAAUUAUCAGAUAUUAAGCAAAGAGAUGCAGCUAUCAUCUUGGUUGAUAAGAACAUGAUUAUGAGAAACAAGCAAGGGGAGGCUUUCGAAAAUCGAUGAUGGUUACUCUAAAGGUCCUGAAGAUUUAGGGAAACAUAAUGGAAAAGGGAAAAACUAAUAUGCCACUUGUGACUUAUUAGUAUUAUCACUACCCCUCUUUUAUAUGUGCUUUUUUGCUUUUUUUUCCCCAUUCCAUAUGUGCUUUCUUUAUUUACUAAAUGCUUCUUUCUUUUCUCUGUAGGUACCAAAAGCUAGUUGCUGUCUCUAAUGGUUAAAUAUCCUUAAAGUGAGCUUGGUGGGACUUUGGUCAGAAAAAUUAAGCAGAUGAUGGUACAGACAUUCUCUUAGCUAUCAUCUUAGAUCUCCUUAAUUUCCUCUGCAUAAAUGGGUGCAAGGUCUGAGCUAUCAAUCUGCUUCUUCAUCAGUUGUUAUUGACCUGGAAUGAGCUAGAUGUUUGUGGUAUUAUCAAAUUGUUAUGACUCCCCUGUCGUGGAGAUGAAGAUUUGCCAUGGGCUACUUUCGCACAAUUUAUUGAGGCAUAUUUAGAGUGCUCUUCCU